CAGAAAGCAAAACCUACCAAGGAUUACAGAAGAACAAAGACAAAUUAUGAAUGGACCUAUAAUAAUACGGGAAGUUUCAGAAUCGAUUAAGAAGAGUGAAUCAGGAAAGGCGCCUGGAUUAUUGAGUCUGUAUUACAAGUAUUUUGAGGAUGAACUUCUACAACCUCUACAAAACGUGAUGAAUUCUAUUUUACAGAGAAAAGGAUGCCAGAGACUUGGAAAAAGGCCAAGAUAACAUUAAUACCUAAGGAGGGACAAGAUUUGACCCUAUAGCAAGAAACUAUAGACCAGUAUCAUUAUUGAACAAUGAUUCUUCAAGUCUCUGUUCUGAAUAUUGUUGGAAGCACAUGAGGCCAUGGCAGAUGUUGAUGUUCAGCCAUCCAUACCGAAAAGGUGUGGUCCAUACAUUUCUUCUGUCACCAGCCACAGCUUGAACCUGGUCCUUCGUGGGAUAGUCUUGUUCCUAAUUGGAGUUUUUCUUGCAUUAAUAUUAAACUUGCUUCAGAUACAAAGAAAUGUCACCUUAUUUCCACCUGAUGUGAUUACAAGCUUCUUUUCUUCAGCUUGGUGGGUACCCCUUGGAUGCGGCACUGCAUCAGCUGUAAUUGGGUUAUUGUACCCCUGCAUGGAUAGACAUCUGGGAGAACCUCAUAAAUUUAAGAGGGAAUGGUCCAGUGUGAUGAGAUGCGUAGCAGUCUUUGUUGGCAUAAAUCAUGCCAGUGCUAAAGUGGAUUUUGCCAACAACUUUCAGUUGUCUCUCACACUUGCUGCACUUUCAGUUGGGCUCUGGUGGACUUUUGAUAGAUCUCGAAGUGGUUUUGGACUUGGAAUAGGAAUUGCAUUUUUAGCCACCUUGGUGAGUCAGCUUCUGGUCUACAAUGGAGUUUAUCAAUAUACAUCUCCCGACUUCCUUUAUGUCCGUUCCUGGUUGCCCUGUAUAUUCUUUGCUGGUGGAAUAACUAUGGGAAACAUUGGCAGACAGCUAGCAAUGUAUGAAUGUAAAGUUAUUGCGGAAAAGUCUCAUCAAGACUAAAAGAGCAAAAAUAAUUUUCUCACAGAAGGAUGAAUAGCAGACCGAGAAGAGCACACAGUAGAGAGUACUUGAUUAUACAAUUGCCAAAAAACAAUCUCCCUCUCUUGUUUCUUCUUCUCUUGUCCCUUUUGUGUCUCUGGCCUGGUCCACUUGUGAAGGCACUAUUUACUGCAAUCUGUGAUUGCUGCAUCUCUAGGUCACUUAAAAAUCCUGGCAUCUUGGGAAUGUGAUCUGUGUGAAACUGUGCUUCAGUGCAACAUGUUGGAGAAAGUAUUGGCUUCUGAGUAGGAUCCUUGGUUUUCUAAAGUAAGCUAGGCUUGCCAUAUACCGUCCCUUUCUUUCCAUAAGGUUCCCGUGCCAAACCAAGCUUACAACAAAACGAAAUGCCACCCUCUUCUGGCUGCAUUACUUUUUACUUAUUUUGGCCAAUUUUGAGAGAUGUGGUAUUCUUAGAGUGUUGCUAUUUUAUUAUACCUCAAGUCAGAGGGAUAAAUGGCCCAAAAAGACACUGAUGAAAUUAACAUCAAAAGUAUAAUCAGUGCUGUGACUCCUCUUAGUAAAAAGGUAAAUAAAUCUACAGAACAGCUGCACAUUAGGUGAACAUGAAUUUUCAAUUUUGUGUCAAGAGUUGAUGGCAUAGUUGGAUGUAAAUGCACUAUUUGCAAUACAGAUGGGUAAUAUUGCUACUGCACUCUCAACGUCUAUGCCUGUAGUGUGAUGAGCAUGGGACCACUCUGUAAAUAGGUACACCCUGUUGUAGGACUCUUCAUCCCAUAGUAGCAGCAAUACAGCUAUUGAGAUGUGAUUCACACUAAAUGGUAAUACUGGGGCUAUCCAUAAAUAAGACAUUUACAGUUAAUAGUUUAGUUCUGGAAACAGAAAAAUCCAACUUACUUUUUAAGUUUGAUAAGAUGAACUUCAGUGUACUAGUUGCAAGUACCACUCUCACUUUGUACAAUAAAAUGUGGAUAGCUGCUUGCAAUCUGAUCAUCGGAUCUGUAAAUGUUCCUUUACAGAGGUCCCAGUGAAAUGAAUUUAUGUUAUUGCUUUUCUAGAAAUGUCAUGUGACAAAGUGAAUUUUAACAAAAGAGAGGCACAGCAGAAGACAUUAUUAUGGUACUGCCUCAGUAGAGCUGAUCCUUGAGUCUGGUAAAUGGGAGAAAGGAAAAAUAAACUCUCUGACAAUAAAAGUUUUAAAUCAUUCAAUUUAAUUUCUUCUAUAAUCUGUGUAAAGAAAUCUGUGUAAAGUGAGAAGCUGCUGAUGCUUUUUAAAAAAUUAUAUGCAGUGCAAGUUUUAAAAAGUACUCUGCAGUCCCUCAAAGAGGCUGAUGUUGGUCCAAAGAAAAAUAUGUAUGAGUGUGUGUGUAUAUUAAAAAUAUAUAUAAUUUUAUUUUUCUUUAAUAUAUUCAUAAAAUGUAGAAUUGGAAAACCAAGAUUUUUAAAGACUUGCACAUUAAUACAUGAAGAAUAUGCAAUGGAAGUCUGGGGAAAAAUAAACCAAGCUUUGGAAAGGAAAAUGUGCAAUCAAUAAGUCUUAAAAAGAUAUCAAACAAUAUGCAAAAUAGCAGUAGCUCCAACUUUUGACUAGCUGUUGCAAAUUCACACUAUUGCACUAUAGGGUCUUUAACAUGAUUGAAAUGUUAUGAGACUAAAUAUUAGAAAACACUCAAGUGUUAGUGCACCUCCUUAUAUGCCUUUCCCCACAUGAAAUCUACAGUGGAACAAAUAAUUCAUAAGAUUUAAUUUUGAAACUUCUCUAAUAGUGUAAUUGUUUCUGAGGUGGUUUAAGAUUAAGUCAAAGGAGGUCUGGUCCUUAUCCAGUCAAUCUGUGAUUCUGCUGAAUUCAGUUAUUUAAAGUGGUCAUCAGAGUUUAUUAAAAUGGUGAUAGGAGUGCUUUGAAGGCUUAAAUAUGAUAAUUUAGCUCUCCCUAUAUAGUCUAAUUAUUAAAUUGGAGUGUUGCUGUAACAAAAUACAGCAAGCGUGACUUUGAAUAGAGCUGCACCAUAGAUCUUCAGUUAUCUACAUCUUCUAACACAUGUAUAGUACUAUGUGUUUGAAAUACGAUCAUCUGCUACUUUGCUUUUGUAGAUCUGUUGGCAGGUUUUGUUGGAUUAAGCUGCCUUGAAGUGAAACGGGAUAAAGGUUUGUCACAAGGUUUACUGAAUCUAAUUGCAUGGAAUUAUGCAGAUAAGAGUGACCUUUGGUUCAACCUGUGGGUAUAAUGACCAGCCAUGAUUGUGUUGAUUGAAAGUUAUGAAUACUAGCGUUCAUAAAACUUUAGGCUUUUCAGUGAUUGCCUGUGAAGCAUUUACUGCACAAGGCAUUGAACCUUAGUUGUAAAUUAGGACUUCAUUAUCUUGCUAAGAAGUCCAAAGUAGUUCACAGGUGUUGAUAAACCUUAAAACAUGAAGUCAUAUCUCAUUGCAUAUUGCCCUGAAAAUAGAUACCAACAUUUGCAUAUUAGCUUACUCAAUAAGCAUCAUUGUUGCCCAUCAGCAGAAAAUGUCACUUGAAAACCUCUUGACUAUCACUUCUACUACUGAGCCCAUGAAGCAAAUUACCCAUCUUUCCAAAGUUAAUUUGAUAGACCACUAUUAUCUCUUACAUAGUUUUAUUGAACAAAAUUUAUAUUGUUUCUCUGUAUUACCAACCUGUACUGUAAUUGUGAGAGGAGAGGCUUGUGAUGAGAAUGCCUUAAUUACAGUGGUGGGAAAAAGCAACUACUGUAUGAUGUGUAACUAUAAUAAUAGAUUGUCUUCAAAAUGCUCUAUAGAGGAUGAAUAAGGUAUAUUUUAGAUACAACUUUAUAAGCACUAUAAACUCUUCACUAGUUGUGAAUUGUAAAAGUUGUUAAUGUUUACUUCUUCAGACUGCUGUUAAAAGCAAAAUAUGUAUUAAAUAAAAUUACAGCCAUGAAAAA